CCCAGUGAGCGCUACGGUAGCCGGUGAGGUUCCGAUCCCUCGGUCCUGUUGUCUACGACGUUCCGCUUCCCUUCCAGGUCCCUCCCCGGGCCAAACAAGGAGCCAGUCCGAAAGCUACUCGGGCGGAGAGACGAGAGAAUUAAGCGUGUGUAUAUUUAUUUAAAGAUUAUAUUGUGUUUUUCAAACCUCGGGGGAACUUUUUAAGAUAUCUCAGCGUAAAUCUGGGCCUCAAUCGGAGCGACAAUCAGCAGCGACGGGGCGGAGCUUCGGUGCGUGUGGCCGGAGUGCAGUCGACUUUUUGCGGUUGACAGCAACCGGUGUACGUGUGUGUAGAUGUGUGACAGCGGAGUGUGUGAAGACAAGCCCCCCGCCCCCCCUGUCAGGAUGAGCAGCCAAGGAGGAGGAGCCAAGGACCCCCAGUCGGCCAAUCACAGUUCUCGGCCGUUGCCGUCUGUGCCUGAGGAGAGGAAGUCCAGAAACAAGAUCAUCUCCAUGUUUGCCUCUGAGAAAGGAGGCAGGAAGAAGGACCGGGACAAGGACAGACCUGAGAUCUCUUCCCCCUCAGACUUUGAACACACCAUCCAUGUGGGUUUUGAUUCAGUCACUGGAGAGUUCACUGGCAUGCCGGAGCAGUGGGCCCGUCUCCUUCAAACCUCCAACAUCAGCAAAUCAGAACAGAAACAGAAUCCUCAGGCCGUGCUCGACAUUCUCAAGUUCUACGACUCCACCAGUGGGAAACAGAAAUACCUCAGUUUUUCCGCCUCGGAUAAAGACUCGCAGUCGUCAGGCAAACAGGGUACAGCCACCUCCCCAUCAGGUGGCAAAGAUAGAGACGAUGAUGAUGAUGACGACACUCCACCUCCAGUGGUGGCACCGCGGCCAGAACACACCAAAUCGGUGUACACGAGGUCGGUGAUUGACCCAAUCCCAGCUACAGAGGUCGACGGCGCCUCCAAGGCCGCUGACAGGCAGAAGAAGAAGGGAGGCAAGAUGACCGACGAGGAGAUCAUGGAGAAGCUCAGAACUAUUGUCAGCAUUGGAGAUCCUAAGAAGAAAUACACUCGCUAUGAGAAGAUUGGCCAGGGGGCGUCUGGCACAGUUUAUACAGCCAUAGAUGUUGCCACAGGACAAGAAGUGGCCAUCAAACAGAUCAACUUGCAGAAGCAGCCGAAGAAGGAGCUGAUCAUCAAUGAGAUCCUGGUCAUGAAGGAGAUGAAGAACCCUAACAUUGUCAACUUCGUAGAUAGUUUCCUCGUAGGAGACGAGCUCUUUGUGGUGAUGGAGUACCUGGCUGGUGGCUCCCUAACGGAUGUUGUGACGGAGACGUGCAUGGACGAGGCUCAGAUCGCAGCAGUCUGCAGAGAGGUCCUCCAGGCUCUGGAGUUUCUUCACGCCAACCAGGUCAUCCACAGAGACAUCAAGAGUGACAACGUGUUGCUGGGGAUGGACGGAUCAGUCAAACUCACUGACUUCGGCUUCUGCGCCCAGAUCACUCCAGAGCAGAGCAAGCGUAGCACCAUGGUGGGAACCCCGUACUGGAUGGCUCCAGAGGUGGUGACCAGGAAAGCGUACGGCCCCAAAGUGGACAUUUGGUCUCUGGGGAUCAUGGCCAUAGAGAUGGUGGAGGGAGAGCCUCCAUAUCUCAAUGAGAACCCUCUCAGGGCAUUGUAUUUAAUUGCCACCAAUGGGACUCCUGAGCUGCAGAGUCCAGAGAAGCUGUCUCCUGUCUUCAGAUCUUUCCUGUCCCGCUGUCUGGAGAUGGAUGUGGAGAAACGAGGAUCAGGCAGAGAACUGCUGCAGCACCCAUUCCUGAAGCUGGCCAAGCCUCUGUCCAGCCUCACCCCGCUCAUCCUGGCAGCCAAGGAGGCCAUGAGGAGCAACCGCUAAUUCCCAGUCUCUCAGGACUUUAAGAGCUGAUGCCAAUGACAGCCAAACCAGCCGUCAUCUUCUACCAAUCUGCGUUGAUUGACCAUCAGCAACCUGCUAUUUUUUUUUUUAUUUUUUUUUAACAGGGUCACAAAACUCCUCUGGACUGUUCCCCCGGUGUUUCUGUACUGAUGCCAGAAUUAUCCUUCCUUUUUUGUGCCUUGUUCUAAAGCCGCAUACAGCCAUGAUGUGUUUUCUAUUUGUUGCAGCCAGAGCACAUGUGUGUGUUGUUGAUGUUGACACGGGGGACUUUACUGCAGGAAGCAUAUUAGGUGUGUGGUUUCACUGUUGCAGAGGUUCAAGGUUCUUUACACAUCCAGGGCCAUAUUCAUAAAUUAUCUUAUCAGUCCUAGGAGCCAUUUUGGUUUGAGGAAUAGAUGCCAAAGAUAUUCCCAAAUCCUUCAGGGCUGCAAACUGCAUUUGUCCAAGUAGUGGCAAGGUGUGGAAACCGUCAUCUCUGCUGUCACUGGAUUGUUUUGAUUUUUUUGGUUCGUUGACAUCAAAAUGUGCUCCAAUAAAUGAGUUCAUAAUCGUAUUUUUUGAAUGCAUUACCUGCAGCAGUUAAGAACUUUUGAAUUUUCUCUGGGAACUAUUCUUUGACCUAGUUUGAGACAAAGUUGCUCUUAUUUUUAGCCUUUUUUUUGGCCCGUUAGGAGCUUCUUUUAGCUCUGAGACUUAGCAUUAUUAUACAACAUAUAUUUUUUCCUAUUGCAUUACAUUUUGUCUAUCAGAUAAAGCGUUUUAUGACACCAGCAAACUUGUCCAUGACUAGAAAUAUCUCAAAAUAUUGCAAUAAUUUUGUUGUGUGUAGAGACUGGAACCUUUGCAACUGGUUACUACGGUUACUGUUGUUAUGGUUACACAUGUGCAUCCUGACAGGGUCCAACAGUUUUGAAAGUGGCGUGGAAAACGAAAGUGUACCAGUACUGUGCUGUUCUGUAGCCCACACCGUUGGACAAAGCAGCCUUUGUGCUGUGGAAAAGCCAUAUCAGUAUGUCUUUCUGUACCCUGUAUGUCACUGGAAAUGAAACCAUUCCAGUAAAAGGAAUGGGAUUCAAGCUUUUGUACGUGAAACGUUCAAUUAUUCUGAAAUAGUAGAUAUGUGUUUCACCCCAAAAUACACUAUCAUUGAUAGACUUGACUCAGACUUCACACAUCUUCUGCUGUCAAACUGUGUGUGCAGGCUCUUCUGCAAACUAUGCAAACCCAUCUGAACACUCACAAUGAUGUUUCCUCUAGAUGUUCUGUUUGUCUUUAGCUGUGCCUUUUACAAUAGAUGCCUUACCGUCGGUGUGUUGGUGCAAGUUCGACACAAAAACUGUAUGAAAUUGUUUAUCUGAAUGUGUUGAACUGGAGGAAGACUUAUCUUUUUUUUUGUAUAUUAUGUUUCGGUGAUGUCCUGUAUUUUUUAACAGCUUUUAAAAAGUAUGUUUAUCAUUGUUUUAUAUUUGUAACUAACACAACAGAAGACAUUUUUUUUUGUGUACCAAUUUCUGUACCAAUUCAUCCUCAGUUGGGUGAACUGUGUAAUUAUGGACUCCAAACCAUAAAAUGUAUUGAUAAGCCUGAGACAAUCAAGCCAGACCUGAGUCAAGCAGUGUUUGGAAAUUAUGUUUUAACCUUUGAGUACUAAAUGAGAUGUUUCUUUGACCUCAUUUUACAGAUUAGACAUCCCUGGAAUUCAUUCGAAGAAAUGUACUGCCUUAAACAGAUGCAUGCUGAAGUAAAACUCUCUUAUUUGGUACUCAACAUUUUGACACCCUUCAGAGUACUUGCAACUGUUAACAGGCUGGAAAACACUGUUAUGUGGCUUUUGACCAGAAAACACAUUCCAGUUAUAUACGUUUAAUAUGAGUGAUUGAAGAGUUUAAAAGGAUUGUGUUGUUGUUAAUCAUGAGACCAACAACUUCUGGUGUUGAAUAUCAUCCAUACAGUAUGUAAAUUAUUAUUAAAGGUGGAUC